AUGUGGGGCUACCGGGUGGCCCAGAGUUUCGUCUUUGCCAUUGAGGAGAUUAAUAGGAGUGCUCACUUGUUGCCUAAUUUGACACUGGGCUUCUCCAUUCGAAACUCUGGAGACUCAGUGCAUGGAGCCCUNUAUGAGACAAUGGGCUUUCUCACAGGGCAGGAGGAGCCCAUCCCCAACUACACAUGCCAGCAUGGUUCUCCUCAGGCUGCCUUGGUUGGGGACACACGGUCAUCCCUGUCUGUCUCCAUGGCCAGACUUCUGGGACUGUACAAGUUUCCCCAGGUCAGUCAUGGAUCAUCACUACCCAGCUUGAGUGACAAGAUCCAGUUUCCAUCUUUUCUUCGGACCCUGACUAGUGACCUCACAUCCUCCCAUGCAGUCACCCAGCUGAUAAUUCACUUCCAGUGGUCCUGGGUGAUCAUUCUUGCCCAUGAUGAUGACUUUGGGCAGCAGGCCAGCUCUCUGGCCACACAGAUGCUGACCCCAGCUGGGGUUUGCAUUGAAUACCACCUCCAUGUCCCUUCCCAUCAGUCCUUUUCUAAAAUUGAAGAGACUAUCCAGAAGAUGCAGAAAUGUACAGCCAGGGUUGUUCUAGUUUUCUUAAGCAAUUCAAAUUUCCAGCUCAUUCUACAUGGCUUAUUGGCUGCUUCUGUCUCAGGACAGGUGUGGGUAAGCAAGGACACUCUGCACAUGGUACUUGCUCUAACUAUUCCAAACAUUUCCCAGGUGUUGCAAAGCACAUUUAGCCUUUUGCCUCAUAGCAGCAGGGCUAUUGGCUUCCCUGAGUUCCUUGCUCACCUGCGCCCCAGCCAGACCCCAGAAGACAUGUUUAUAAAGAAGUUCUGGGAGUUCACCUUUAAUUGUACAUGGCCCUACCAAAAUAGCACAGUGACAGAAGGUGUCCAGUUCUGUUCAGGGAAUGAGAGUCUGAAAAACAAGCCACAUCCUUUCCCAGAAGUGAGUAAAAUUGAUGCUGCUUAUGCAGCUGUCUACAGCAUCGCCCAUGCCCUACAUGAUAUGAUAUCCUCUGAGCACCAGGAUGGGAAAUGUACAGACUCCCAGGACUUUCAGCCCUGGCAGCUGCUUCAUGCCCUCAGAAAGGUUCACUUUAAGACUCCUGAUGGAAUUGAAAUUACGUUUGAUGCCAAUGGAGAUUUGGUGUCAAAAUUUGACAUUCUCCAAGGACAGAAGAUCCCCAAGGGCAUAUUCCACUUGGUUCAUGUAGGCAUCAUAGACCCUCAAGCCUCUUCAGAGAACAAAAUGAAGGUCCAUUUGAAGGAGGAUAUCCAAGUGCCCACCUCUGUCUGCAGUGAAAGCUGCCUUCCAGGAUUCAGCCAAGUGCCCAGACUGGGAGCCCCCCACUGCUGUUUUGAUUGCAGACCAUGCCCUGAGGGACAAUUUGCAGACCAAAGAGACAUGAAAAGAUGUCUUCUGUGCCCCAAGGAGCAGUACUCGAGUCAUACCAGAGACCAUUGCCUGCCCAGAACAGAGAUCUUCCUGGCCUUUGAGGAACCAUUGGGAUUCAUUUUGGCUUUGGUGGCACUCUUGCUGACUGGUCUGGCUGUUAUGGUUCUUGGAGUAUUCCUGAAGCAUCGAGACACACCUGUGGUCAGAGCCAACAACAGAACUCUCAGCUACUUCCUCCUGAUCUCUCUUUCCCUGUGUGCCCUGUGUGCUUUGCUCUUCCUUGGGAGACCCACUGUCACCACCUGCCUCCUCCGUCAGACCACNUUUGCUGUGGUAUUCACAGUGGCUGUCUCCUCUGUUCUGGCCAAAACUCUCACAGUGGUCCUGGCCUUCAGAGUCACCAGGCCAGGGAGCAGGAUCCAGGUAUGCCUUAGCCCCAGUGCUUCGACCUCCGUGGUCCUCAUUGCUUCCUUAAUACAAGUUGUUCUUUGUGGGGUGUGGUUGGCCACCUCCCCACCAUUCCCAGACAAGGAUAUGAUCUCAGAGCCCCAGCACAUUGUCAUCCAGUGCCAUGAUGGUUCUGGUGCCACCUUCUUCUCUGUGUUAGGCUACUUGGGUUUCCUGGCAGGGGGUACCUUCUCUGUGGCUUUUCUAGCCAGNGGCCUUCCAGAUGUCUUCAAUGAGACCAAGUUCCUCACCUUCAGCAUGCUGCUCUUCUGCAGUGUCUGGACAGCCUUCCUUCCCCUGUACCACAGUGCCCGGGGAAAGUCCACUGUGGCUGUAGAGAUCUUCUCCAUCCUGGCCUCCACUGCUGGGCUUCUGGGUGGCAUCUUCAUNCCCAAGUGCUACAUCAUCUUACUGAAACCUGAGAAGAACACCCCUGCCUGGCUAAGGCAAGACCACCAGGUUCAGCAAGAAAAAAAGGGUGAGAUGCCCCAGAGAAUGCAUGUCCCCAAAUCACCACCAAAAAGCCUCAAGAUCUAG